ACUUAAGUAAUUGCGUCAGCUUAUCGUUGCAGUCUUAGUUUUCAGUCUGAUCAGUUGACUAUUCACCAAAAUGUCCGUAAGGAUCCUGACCAUCUUUGCUUUCCUGUUCCCGGUGUUUACCUGGUCCUCUGUACAGAAGUUCUACCUGCCAGGUAAGUACAAAAUAAUCCCCAUAACAUAUAACAACGGAGUGAACCGCAUUACAUGAUUACUGCAGUUUUCAUCGAGUUGUUCACAAACUUUUGUCGUAAGAUUUUUAUCCCUAAACUUUGGGACAGUGUCACCGUUUCAGCUAACAUCACCUCAGAGGUUUUGAAAUGACUAUUUCUCAUGGUAUCAUCUGCUAAAAUCUAAUAAGAUAAAAAAAAGAGGAGUUAUUUUCCUUUACUUAAAAGAAUGAAAAACAGGAACUAUUAUUUCAUCACUUUUCAUUGUUUUUACUGGUUUGGGAAGUCUUCGUACCUCUUCAAACUUUUUGUUGUUUUAUUCUUUUGUCAUGGUUUUUCCUUUUAUCUUUUGCCGUUUUUUUGUCAUGUUUAACUCAUUUUAUUCCUUUUUUAAAUAUUUUGACAGUCUAGCUUUUUUAAUUUCCUUCUCAUUUCUGUCAUUUCACAGUUUUUAGCUAUCUAUUCAUUCAUUUCUAAUAUCUCUCUUGCUGUUAAAUCACCAGUUAUUUUGAAAUUUAAGAUCUUCAGUCUUAGUUUCCUCACACUUGAAAAAAAAUUCACUUUAUUGAAUAUGUGAAGCACUUUCAAAUAAUGAUAAUAAUAAUAAUAAUAAUAAUAAUAAUAAUACAUUGUUAUUAUUAUUAUUAUUAUUUUUAGUAUCAGUAUUAGUAUUAUUAUUAUUAUUAUUGUUUAGGGACAUAUACUUGCCCUGGAUUUGAUCUCCCAUUAGAGGUUUAGGCUGAUCUGUCUUAUUCACAUGAGGACAACACUUAAAAUAAAUAAAAUAAAGUCCAGAACCUCAGUGACCAUUCCACCUGACAUGAACACCUUGUAGGAAGCAGUUCUUUAAAAAUAUGGCAGUAUGUUGGUCCUUCAGCAGCAAACAUUUGGAGAUAUUUAGAAGCUUACUGAUGUCAAUGAAUCCUAUCUGAGUUUUACUCUCAAGGUUUGGAAAAAGUCAAUCAUGUUUUGAUCUCCUUUAGCAGCAGCUGCUGCAUUCCUGAAGAUGUUGUAACAUCACUGCCUCUGUGUGUUUGUCACUAUACAGAUGUUGGUCCAAGCUGCUGUUACGAAGGUGGCCCUUAUAUACCUUUCAAGAUUAUAAAGUGCAUCCAUCAGACACGCAUGAGGGAUUGCCGCACAAAAAACUAUGCGUAAGUACAGCAUGCUUUACCAAUGUUAAUCAAAGUCAAGUCAAAGUCAUUUGAUCUGCUAAAACACAAACUAACGACUCAUAUCUAAUUACAGGAAUUAAAGACAUUGCUAAUAGCCAAUUUUAAAAUCAUGUUCAAUGUGGGAGGACAAUAACUUCUUUAGUAAAAUGUACAAAAUACACUGAAUCUGACCAUGAAGGUGUUUUUCUUGAGCAAACAGCCCUAAUCAAAGCAGAAUAACGACCCUUAAGGAGUCUAUAACCAGGUUUCACAUGUCCAACAAGUCUGUCCUUCAUUGAAACCUGAUCAAAGAUUUUGGGGGUUUUAUCCCUCACAGAAGUAAAUGUUUUACUGACUAAACACUAAGUAAAGCGAGUACACUCUUCAGCUGAAUCCCUAAUUGCUUCUGACUCCAAUCUGAUAACAGGUGAUCUAUGUGACACAGUUCAUAUGUGAUUAAAAACGCUUGACUGUUUGAAACCAUCAACAGAAGAAAACUGAUCUUCAGGAGUGAGCCUAUCAAGGAUCAAUGAACAAAGAUGUUUUAAAGUUUUAUCCUGUCUGUCUGCUUCCAGGGUUCAGGUUGAGGGUGGCGAAUGGAAAUGUAUUGACUCUGAGUCAAAGUGGAUGAAACAGCAAAUACAGAAGGUAAGAAUCAGUCUAUCAGCCUCUCUUUUAGCCACAUUAGUUACUGUCAUACCCUACCUGGGCAGACAAUCAUGUCUGAAGCAGUCCAUCAACAUGGUUUGUCAUUUGUGUUACAACAGCAGACUGUGUAAAAGCAGACAAGCUCCAGCAAAGGGAAGCAAAAACAUCUAGCACUCCCUCUACUGGCUGGCUGCAGUUUAGGUCAAUCCCCUCAAACAUACUUAGUGUCAUUACAGGCAGCUCUUAUUCUGUUUAUAUGUCCAUGUAGGGUUUUACAAAACAGACUUUGAAUAUAAAUAUGAUUCUAGUGAAAAGAAAAUUAUGUCAAUUCUGUUUUUUUAAUGCCAUGGCAACAAAAAUCAACUCCUGGCCAUUCAGGGUUGCUUUAUUUUGUCAUUUUUCCAACCCACACACUGUGUUUGUUCAGAAGAGUUCUUUUAACAAAUCUCUACAUUAAAUAGAAAAAUAAUAAAAUUACUGUAAGACAAAAUGAAUAAUGCUCUCAUUACUCCUGACUCCACAGGGAAUUAUAAACUGCACUGAAGGCAGAAAAUACAACUGAUGUGGAGAAGCAAAAACAAUGAGGACUCCUCUGCUGAUGAAUUCCUCCUGGCUUUUGAUGCUUUAUCUGUUUUAUUUUUUUUGCAAUGCUGUCUUUUUAAAGACUUUUCUGCAGCUUUUACCAUCAUGUUGAAUUCUCUUCAAAAUAAACAAAUUUGACUAAG